CAGAUUCACCCGAGGUGAUGUCAAGUAACGUGUUAGGUGCAAUAACAUAACAUAAUUAAGGUGUUUUGUAAUUGGUAGUAAUAAGCAAAAGAGAGUGAAAAUAAUGGUAACGUUAGACGGUGCUAAUGUUGUUGUGACUAAAGUAGCCCCACAAGGGUGACGUGUCGCUGUAUGGAGGAGCGGAGAUAGAUCCGUAUAAAUAGGCGUGUUGGGAAUGGAGCGCCAAGUGGGUAGUCCGCCGCCCGCGCUGACCGCAUACCGCAUACAGGAUUGGAUCGACGAUGAGCGCUCCGUCGCGAGAAGAGGCGUCGAAGGAGGAGAGGGAGGAGGAGGAGGAGGAGGGGAACCGGCUUCUAGUUGUAGAGGAUGAAGAAGGGUUGGAGGUGGCAUACGAAGCGGGGGAGAAGAUCCUGGUGACGGAUUUCGAGUUCGACUCCAUCGACGAUUCCACUGUCCCUCCCUUCUCCUGGAACAAGCUCUGGCUCUUCACUGGGCCUGGCUUCUUGAUGAGCAUAGCGUUUUUGGAUCCGGGGAAUCUCGAGGGGGAUCUCCAGGCCGGGGCCAUCGCCGGCUACUCCCUCCUCUGGCUCUUGAUGUGGGCCACCUUCAUGGGCCUCUUGAUCCAGCUUCUAUCCGCCAGGCUCGGUGUCGCCACGGGCCGCCACCUCGCCGAGCUUUGCAAGGACGAGUAUCCCAAUUGGGCCCGCCUCCUGCUUUGGUUCAUGGCCGAGCUGGCCCUCAUUGGCGCCGACAUUCAAGAGGUUAUUGGAAGUGCCAUCGCCAUUCAAAUUCUUAGCCGCGGCUUCUUCCCUCUCUGGGCUGGAGUUCUAAUUACUGCUUCCGAUUGCUUCUUCUUUCUGUUUCUUGAGAACUAUGGAGUGAGGAAGUUGGAAGCUGCUUUUGCAGUUCUCAUCGCUACUAUGGCUCUUUCUUUCGCCUGGAUGUUUGGUGAUGCAAAACCUAAUGGAAAAGAGCUUUUGAUGGGUAUUUUGCUUCCAAGACUAAGCUCAAAAACAAUUCGACAGGCUGUGGGUGUUGUAGGUUGUGUCAUUAUGCCUCACAAUGUAUUUCUGCAUUCUGCUUUGGUGCAGUCAAGGAAGGUUGACCCCAAUAAGAAAGGUCGGGUACAGGAGGCUAUCAACUACUAUUCAAUUGAGUCAUCGGCUGCACUUUCAGUCUCCUUCAUGAUCAAUUUAUUUGUAACAACCGUUUUUGCUAAGGGUUUUUAUGGAACAAAGCAAGCAAAUAGCAUAGGAUUGGUCAAUGCAGGGCAGUAUCUUGAAGAAAAAUAUGGAGGAGGAGCCUUCCCUAUUCUUUAUAUAUGGGGAAUUGGGUUAUUGGCAGCUGGGCAGAGUAGCACCAUCACUGGCACAUAUGCUGGUCAAUUCAUAAUGGGGGGUUUCCUUGACCUUCGUUUAAAGAAAUGGUUGAGAGCAUUGAUCACUAGAAGUUUUGCAAUUGUGCCAACUAUAAUUGUAGCCGUUGUUUUCAAUAGAUCAGAAGCUUCAUUGGAUGUUUUGAAUGAAUGGCUCAAUGUGCUUCAGUCCAUGCAAAUUCCCUUUGCUCUGAUUCCCCUCCUCACCUUGGUCUCCAAAGAGCAUAUAAUGGGAACCUUUAGGGUUGGGCCUAUUCUUGAGAGAGUGGCAUGGACUGUUGCUGGACUGAUAAUAGUAAUUAAUGGCUAUCUCUUGUUAGAUUUCUUCCUUUCUGAGGUGAAUGGCGUGCUGCUUGGUCUUUUAGCCUGCUCCAGCACAGUAGCCUAUGUUGCAUUCAUUGUAUAUUUGGUUUCACGGAGCGGUGUUCUUCCUUCUUCUUGGGUUAAUCGCCUUCCCAAGGGAUUUUCUUCUACUGGGAACUAAGUCAACAAAAUUCAGACCAUGAAAAAUCUGGAAAUAGUUCGGCAAACUUCUGCUAGACAAUUUUGCAUGAGGAGUUUUGCUUCAUAUACACCAUAAAGCUUAUAGAGUUUCUCUAACCUUGCAACCUGGAUUAAAGGGAAGACAGGGUCAGAUAGUGGAAAGCACCUAGAUUUAACUGCACUUCAAUUUUGCAACAGGCUUACAGAGUUUACCUUCCAUGUGUAGCAAGAUGGAGAUAACUUCUGUAAUGGAAGAUGUGGAGAGAGCACCAUUACAAGUUGCAGGAUAAAUUACCGUCCUAUGUACCUGCCUUAUUCGUUUUCUAAGUUCUAACAAGUUGUGGAUUGGUCCAUUAUUCUUUGAUGUAAACAGUUUGUAUUUAACUUGGACGAAAUAGCACACGUUCCUUUUAUGAAGGAACACAAAGUACAUUUUGCCUUAGCCAGGUAAGACAACAGACAUAAGUUGUAGGGAUUAUUCUACAGUGCAAUGUGGAGAACAUUUAUUUUUAUCAUCUUUUAUGUUUUCUAGUUGAACUCA